GAAUAUGUGCAAGUGCUUCCUGACUGGGGCAUUCGGUGCUCAGCACAGCCAAGCAGAGCGGAGAGGAGUAGAACAAGGCAGAGAGGAGGCGAAUACCACGACCGAGCCAUGGAGGAUGAAUUCAAGUAUGAGGAUUAUAAGAAAACUGCUGAGUGGCUUUUAUCCCAUACUAAAUAUCGACCUGAAAUUGCAGUGAUCUGUGGUUCUGGUUUGGGGGGGUUGGCGGAUAAAUUGACCUCACUCCAGGCCUUUGACUACAAUGAGAUACCCAACUUCCCUCGAAGCACAGCACCAGGACACGCAGGGCAGUUGGUAUUUGGAUACUUACAUGGCAAGUGCUGUGUGAUGAUGAAGGGCCGAUUCCACCCCUAUGAAGGCUACCCACUCUGGAAGGUAACAUUCCCUGUGAGGGUUUUCCGACUUAUGGAUGUGCAUACCUUAAUUGUCACCAAUGCUGCUGGUGGGCUGAACCCUGAAUAUAAAGUUGGGGAUGUUAUGCUGAUCCGAGAUCAUAUCAACUUGGCAGGCCUCAGUGGCCGAAAUCCACUCAGAGGCCCCAAUGAUGACAGGUUUGGAGAAAGGUUUCCUCCCAUGUCUAAUGCCUACGACAGGAUUUUGAGACAGAUGGCCCAUCAGAUAUGGAAGGAAAUGGAACAGGAAAGACCACUGCAGGAAGGAACCUAUGUUAUGGUGGGAGGCCCCAACUUUGAAACCAUUGCAGAGUGUCAGUUUCUGCAGAAACUAGGGGCUGAUGCUGUUGGGAUGAGUACAGUGCCAGAGGUGAUAGUGGCCAGGCAUUGUGGCAUUCGAGUUUUUGGAUUCUCCCUCAUUACGAACAAAUCGAUACUGGAUUAUGAAAGCCUGGAGACGGCCAAUCAUGAAGAGGUAUUGGUGGCUGGGACCUUGGCUGCGAAGAAGUUGGAGCAACUUGUCUGUACUCUUGUGGAAAACAUGCAGCCACCUUCUGAGAAGACUUUUUGACCCACCGGGCUGCCUGGCCUCUCCUUUCCCUGCUGCCUACUUUGUAUUCCCAACAGUGUCCAGCUUUGCCUCCUUGUUUGAGCCAUUUAGCUUUCUGCCUGAGGUUGGUAGAGAUGUGAGAAACAUUGGUAUUCCACCUCCUUGGAAUAACUACUUAUCCUUUCAGGCCCUUCCUAAUGGCACCUAAUUCUCUUUUAUUCCAUUGGUCCCUUCCCACCAUGGAAAGCUGGAUCAUUGCAUUUUAACUCCUACUCACAGCCAACAUCCCAACAUCCUUCAUUCCACCUCCAAUAGACUUGUCUAUGAAUUAAGUCCACUUUACCUUAAAGCUGUUGCUAAUAUUUUGAGAAGACUACUUGUACAUUCCCUGAGGCCUCACCAUACCAUCCUAUGACUUCUGAGGCUCUUUGUGGCCAAGACCAGUGUGUAUUACAAAUUUAGUACUAUAUAGGAAUAAAAAGACAGUUAGACAGAAAUGUUUCUGCCUUUUUGUGCUGAACACUUGACUGGAUGGGGAACAACAGUUUAGGCUGUAAGAAUGUUAGGUGUUGUCAAAGAGAUAAAUAAAAGAGAAGUUUCUACUGUCAAAGGGCAUUUGGUGUGGUAGGGGGAUAUGGGAUAUAAAUGCACAAUAGAAUAUAGAACAACAUUUUUAGAGCCAGGAAAGAAUUUGGAGUUCACUCAAUAUAAUCCCUCAUUUUAUAAAUGAGGAAACAGAAGGAAGAAUUCAAAGUCACAUAUAGCCAGUUAGCAUUCCAGCUAUGGAAACCUGCAAGAACACAUAUAGAAAGGUGGGAAAAAAUUCAAGGGCCAGUGAAUUAUCUCCUUUCUUAGGGUUCCUCAAGGAGAAUUGUAUGAAUAAGGCUAAUAAAUCUUAAAUGCUUGGCUAAGGAAUCUGGGUUCCCGUCUGGAAAAAAAAUGAGAAACUAUUAAUUUUCAGCAAGAGAGAGAUAUGAGCAGAGUAGUAUGCCUGGUACAUUAGGAAGCUGAUUAAUAGCUCUCCAGAUUAGGACAGAGAGAAACAAGUUUAGAGGUCAGUUUAAAAGCUUGGACUGAAGUGCAACAGGCAUGAGCUUAGCUGGUGACAGUAUUGAUACAUUCAAGGGAUGGCAGAGGUAGAAUCCCUAAAACUUGACAACUGAUGUGGAAGGUUUGGGGAGUCAAAUGAUCCCCGAGAUUCCAGCCUUGGGAAAGUUGGAAAAUAAUGGUGCUAUUAGGUAGAAAUUAGAAAGAAUGAUGAAUUUUAUGGGAACCUAGCUCUUAAUAUGUUUUGAUUCUCAGCACUGACAACCUUAGAUUUGGUCUAUAAUGUCUACAUGGACCUGUACACUAAACAGAUAGAUAGAAGUAUAGACCUAGACCUCAGGAGAGGUCAGAACAGGAGAUAAGAUUUUUGAAUCAUUGGCAUAGGGGUCAAUAGUCCUGGGAGUAUAUAAAACCAAGAAAGGGAGGUACAGGGGGUGAGGCUGGGGCAAGGAAGAGUUUACAUUUAAGGGGUGGGAGGAGAAUGAGGACAGUGGUCAAAGGGGUCAGAUUUUGCAUAAAAGGCAAGGAAGGAUGAGGACAAAAGUUCCAGAGUUUGACAAUUAGGUAGGUCAGUGGUAACUUUAGAGAACAGUUUCACAAGAAUGUGAGUAGUAGCCAUCAGACUAUAGGGGGCUGAGCAAACAAGUGGUCAGGAAGUAGCUAAACAAUGCACUUACCUUCUGAUUUUAUUCAACAAAGGAAUUAGGCUCUCCUACAAGUAUGGCAUUUGUGGCUAUGCAUAAAACAAAGGAAGUAGUUUUCUGUUUCCCAGAUAGCCAAAAUAUUCUACUAGGGCAAAAUUGUGAGACCAAUUUGGCACCCUUCUGCUUUUAAGCUGAGUUUUCCCUCACUCUUGAUGGCCCUUGUCUCCAAGGCAACUACUGCUCUCCUAAUACCUUAUGGCAGGCUAGAACCUCUCCUCUGGUGCCUCCGGUUCCUAGACAGUACUUUAUGCUCUGACCUCUUUCUAUAAAAAUAUGCUUUUCCAGCUAGAUAUUAACCAGAGGAAAUGGUUUUAUUUCAGUAUCAAGAUGUCUCUUUGGCUUUCUUGCUUAACUGUGCCCAAUUUGUGUUGUCACUCUUCAUGGUACCACCAUCUUACCACCAAAACAGUUGCUUCAUACAAUUUGCCGUUAGCAUCUGCUUUUUCUCUCUGCCAGAACAGAUAAGUUCUGAUUUGAGACUACCUUCUGCAUCUCUCUUCUAGAUAAGCACCCCAACUAUAAUUUCUUUAUAUUAAUUGGAGAAAAGAUUCAACUUUAGGAUACCUGUUAGGGUGGGUGAAAUUAAAUCAAGAGUUGGAUUAUGUCUAUGGGCUCUCUUUCCUCUUCUGCAUUUCUGAAUACCAUGGCUUGGCUCUGAUAGAACUAAAUGAGUUGGAACCAUGCAACUUGAGAAUUAAGGACCCAAGAGUGUCUAGUGGCUUUUUCAGGACCAAACAUAGAUAGCUUAAUUAUUAGCAAGUGUGUAGAAAGUAAUAGUGUGCCAUAGGAGUUACAGUAUUUGAUGGGAAGAUGAUUAAGCAGAGGCUCACUGGUAUCCUAACUACAAAGCUCAGAUAGAGGAGGACAUGCACUCUACUGGAAGUGUGUUGAGCUUUUUAUGCGAUAGAGUAGCUACCCAACUUCAUUUUCACUUGAAAGAAAUUGAGUCAUUUUGUGGUGUCCCAGCAAUGCAAGCGGCCACCAAGAAGGUAGGGAAAGUAAAAAUUAACCUUGGGAGAGACUUAUAGCCAAACUCCACACCUUUACUCUCACUAUUCCCUGUGCUUGGAGUGUUCUGGGAAACAAUUCUCUCCUCUUCCUUCCUUUCACCUUGAAGGCUUACUAUAUAUAUAUAUAUAUUUAAGGCUUACUACUUUUCUAAAAAUGUGACUUCUUUCAGAAAGCCUUAUUAAAACUCCAAUAAGAAAUGA